CGGAUAACGUAGCAACGAGGGAGGUUUGCUAGCAAGGUUAGCUUUGCUACUCUCUCUCUCCUGUUAAUCCCCUCUUUGCCGGAUUGUGACGGUAUUUCUAUGUACCGAUUGAUCUUUGGGCCAAGUGGAGCGUGGGACCAAUGGUGUGGAUAGAAUGCGGAGUUCUCGACCUGUUUUCAUUACUACUAUUGAAAGCUGCACAUUUAUGGCGUUUGUGAGCAUUAGUGGAGAGUUUUGCCAGGCACAGCACCUGGUCAUUGUGGACAAGUGAACAGAGGGCCUGCCAUAUGAAGAUUGUACUACCUACAAGCCCUUCUAAUAUUCCGCACUGUGGGAGAGAGGCUGUUUUUCCCCCCGAAGUUCAAGUGUAUGAAUUGGUUUGAGCCACUCCAGGCAGUGAAGAGCCACCCCUUUUUUCCACUCUUGAGCGCCAAAUAAUCAUCUCACUUCUCCUGAAUGGGAUUCUUCUUUAACCAUCUUAGUGUCAACAUGAAUCGUCCCGCACCUGUUGAGAUCACCUAUGAAUGCAUGAGGUUCCUGAUCACCCAUAACCCCACCAAUUCACAGCUGACCAAAUUUACAGAGGAAUUAAAGGCAUUUGGGGUACAGACGCUGGUACGGGUUUGUGAUGCCACCUAUGACAAGGCCCCUGUGGAAAAAGAAGGCAUUGAAGUUUUAGAUUGGCCUUUUGAUGAUGGAUCCUCACCACCUGACCAAAUUGUUGAUGAUUGGCUGAACCUCCUGAAAUGUAAAUUUAAAGAAGAACCAGGCUGUUGCAUUGCAGUCCACUGUGUAGCUGGACUGGGCCGAGCGCCUGUUCUGGUGGCCAUAGCCUUAAUCGAGUGUGGGAUGAUGUAUGAGGAUGCAGUCCAGUUUAUACGAGAAAAGAGACGUGGGGCCUUCAACUCGAAACAACUCCUGUACCUUGAAAAGUACAAGCCCAAGAUGCGUCUCCGCUUCAAGGAUGCCAAUGGUCAAAACUGCUGCAUUCAGUGAACGAGCAGUUCUAGAGAAAACCAGGGUAUUACUGCAAAUGGGAGAUACUGAAUACUGAUUCUUCUUUUUAUUAUUGUCAGAGUUAAUGACUAUGUAAGACAAUGACUUGAGCAAGAUUACAGUGCCAAGCACACAGGGAGAUCAGCGUCCAUCAGUAACCAGCAUUAUCUUUAAUGAAGUAAUUAAAUACUCUAUGAAGUGAUUCCCAUCAUUUAAUCAUGUGAACCAACCAACCAACCAACCAAAAAAAGAAAAAAAAAAAAGUCACACAUGGCAAAUGUACAGUUCACGCAACAUACACAUUUGUGUGAUUUAAUGAUUUCAUUUUUUCUUUU